UUUUUGUUCACAAUAAUCUUACUCAAGUACAUAUUAUUAGUAUCGCGGCAUUAAAUUACCAAACUUCAACAAAACUUUGAAUCUUUUUGAAGAAUGAAAAUCUAAAGAAUUAUAAAGUCCACGUAUUAUGUGGGUGGGAUGUUUCAAAUGUAAUUAGGGAGAAGAGAAGUGUGUGUGUGAAACGUGUUAAAAAAUUUUUGAAUUGUUUUGAAAAUGCCUAAGACGUCCACCACUCUAGCUAAUAAUUCAACAGCAUGGAACAGGAAACAUGUGUCGUUAAAUAUUCGUGAACCAUUAAAUUUUAAAUUUAAAAUUUUUAUGGAUCCAGUAACAAGAGCUGAAGAAACAAGUGAUACUGAUGAUCGGAGUAGUAUUUCAAGUGAGGAAGAUGCGGCCUCUGGAUCGGAUAUCGAACAACGGAUUCGAUCCCGGCCAGUAGAAGAUAUAUGGAGUACAAGUGAAAUAUGCAAAGCUUUAGAAUCACUACCGGAAGCUUCAGAAAUUUUAGAAUGUUUACGAAAUGGAGAAGAAGCAAAAAUAUUACAAUAUAAAAAUGUAUUAACAACUGGUCUAUUAUUUUCAUCAUGGCUAGGAAACGUAAAGUUUUUACAUUUAAUUAUUGAAUUUGGUGCUGACCUAAACGUAACGGAUAUGGCAGGAAGGACAGCAUUACACUUGGCUGCAUACAAUGGAUCAAUCGAUUGUAUGAGAAUAUUAAUUGACAACAAAGCAAAUGUAAACGCAUGGGAUGUAAUGAAACGUAUAACACCAUUACAUUGCGCUGCCAGUACAGGAAAUAUUGUAUCUGUACGAUUACUAAUACAAUCCGGUGCAGAUGUAAAUGCUGGUAUUACUGGACGUAGUCCAUUACAUUAUGCCGUACAAUGUGAAGCUAUUGAUUGUGUUCGAGAACUUUUACUAUAUGGCGCUUGUCCAAAUACACCGCAAUAGUGGAACGAAAAGAACGAGUUCGUAGUAAACGUAUGAAACAGUGUAUUUUAAAUAGUUGUG